AUGAGCCAGUCAGUUCUGUUACUGUACUAUAUCCAGAGUCUCCACAAGCAGCUUCAGAUGCUGGUAUGGACCCAACUUGUUCAAGGUACAGUUUCUAUUUCAGCUUCUGUUACCGUGACAACCAGAAAACCGAAAUUGGAGGUCCAUGAAAACACAAAUGCCAUACUGUCUUGUGAGUUCAGAACAGAGAGAGAAACAAACCCUCGUGUUGAAUGGAAGAAGAGGGCCAAAGAUGUAUCGUAUGUUUAUUUUGAUGGUGAAUUUACAGAUUCAUUUAAAGGACGUGCAUCCAUUGACGGAGCAACGGUGACCCUUCGUGGUGUUACACAGAAAGACUCAGGCGUGUAUCAAUGUGAGGUCACAGCCCGCCAUGACAAAAUCAACCUAGGGGAAGUCAUGGUCACUCUCAGUGUGCUUGUGCCCCCACAUGCACCGUCAUGUGACGUCCCAGAAACAGUUGUGAGAGGUUAUUCCGUCGAGAUGCACUGCAAAGACAAACUGAGUGUUCCCCCUGCCACCUACAGCUGGUACAAAGACAACAAACUAUUGAAUACAGCCCCUGAAAUCAACUACAGCCUGGACCCCAAAACAGGGACUCUGAAGUUCAAGAGUGUCUCCAAAUCUGAUGAGGGACAGUAUCGAUGUGAAGCAUCCAAUGGGGUGGGAGCACCAAAAAGUUGUGCCGGUCAGCAUAUGAUGAUAACAGAAUUUGAGUUAAACCUGACUUUGGUUAUAGCUGUAGGAGUGGGAGCCUUCUUGCUUCUUCUCUCUUUCAUUCUAGCCCUCUGUCUCUGCUGCAAGAGAGGAUGCUGUUGUUGCUGUCGUCAGAAGAGUGAAGGAGACAAAAAGCAAAGAGCUGAGACCAGCUGUAACCCUCCAACAGAUCCCAGACAUUACAGACACACACAAUCCUUUGUGCUUUGAAGACUGUGGACACACAAACACCUGUGAAGAAUGAUUAAGAGUUUGUAUAUUCGCAAAGCACCUUGAUGACCCUCUUUGCUGCUUUCUGUUUCAUACAGUGAAAGGUAAAAUGUCUCUGAAAUGAUAGUUAUUGGAGCAGUUCUUAUGCAUCAACACAACUGAUGGUUGUGACACUUAGAAUUUGAUCUUACAUCAAGUGCA